AUGUUUACAAAACUGUUUGCAUUGAUUUUACCGAUUUGCAUAGCAAGUGUGCAGGGCUUUGAAGAGAAAGAAAAUGGAUUAGUAGAGGCGAGAGGAAAAGGAAAAUACGCUUUAUUAACCCACCUUGCAAUCCUGCUGGCAGCUAAAGCGGGCCUGCACAAGAUAUUCCUGGGCAUAGCACUAGUGGUGGCCGUCAUAGUGGCCAUGGUGGUCAUGGCAUGGGUCCUGGCCAUCGUCAGAUAUGUCCCGGACUUCUGGCCACAUUACAAAAACAACGGACUACCGAAUUACCACAACAUAUAUAUUUUGUCCGCAGUACACUUCUUCUACGUGGUAGCCACAAAGAUUUUCGUCCUGAAAAUUGUUUACGGCGUCAUACUUUAUGUGAUUGCUACAAAAGCAUGGCAUUUUGUGCUCUGGCUAAUACACUACUUAAAAGUGAAGGAGAAGCAUCACGAAACCUACGUGGAAUACGAUCACGAGCCCUAUCACGGUCAUCACGAGCCCUAUCACAGUCAUCACGAUCAUUCCGUCCAAUAUGUGAUCGAUGACGAAUCGUAUGACCAUCAGCCGUACGGUGCCUACUCAUCAAGCUAUGGAAGAGUUGAUACAAGAUAUCCUCAGAAGAAGAAGGUUUACGACGCCGACGGUUCUUAUUCUGUUGGAGGGUAG